AGCGCACUCAGCGACCCUAGCGCCCUAAUUCCCCAGCUCAGAAGCGCCGCAACCGGCAAAUCGUGGGCCACUCCUUGCAAGUGCGGGGAACUCUCUGCAUCGCACCACUGCCCCGCCAAAUGUUUGGUGUUUGGAGGGCCCUUUGUUCCGAACCUCUUACGAGCUUUUGUUCUUUCUCGAAGUGCGCUGAUGGCCUGAUUUGCCUUUCCAUUUUUUCUUCUUCUUCCGCGGCGCGCCGCGUUCCGCACCAAGAGGCCAACGCAGACGUCGUGACAGAUAAUACGCCGGGAAUAACCACUCGGCACCUGCUAGCACGAGGCCAGCAUGUGUUGUUCCAUCUGUCGGUGAAGUGGCAGCUAAGUGCCUCCGAGAUCUGUCCGACACCUUUGGCCCUGGUGGUAUCCUUCUACGAUGACGUCGUUGAGCGUGACUAGAGGUACGGACUACGGAAGACGGAACGGUCCCGACGACUAUUCCGGCUGCCAAGUCACGGUCUGCGCUGCAAAAUGCUUGGGGGCACCAAGGUAGGUGGUGAGGCUGCGAUGCUGGUCUGUAUAGAAAGCUACUCGUCAAUUUAAUUG